AUGCCUUCGAACGCGACACACCAUGCCCGUCAAUUCUGCACCGAAAUUGGCCCCGACUGCCCCCUCAAAGCCACCACAUAUGGCUACUACCCCAAUCUCGGCGUGAACUCAUUCUUCAUUGCUCUCUUUGGCCUCUGCCUGCUGCUGCAGUUGGGGCUCGGCACGUGGAGGCGGACAUGGACAUACCUGAUCGUGGUCGCCGUUGGCUGUUUCGGCGAGGCGGUGGGAUAUAUCGGGCGGUUGAUCAUGCAUCACAACCCUUGGAGCGGCGCUGGUUUCAAGACGCAAAUCUGCUGCCUGGUCCUGGCGCCCAGUUUCCUCGCCGCGGGGAUAUACGUCACCUUGAAGCAUCUGGUCAUAUACUGUGGAGCCGAGAACUCGAGGUUGAAGCCUCGCCUCUAUCCCUGGAUCUUCAUCGGUUGUGAUUUUGGGUCGAUUGUGCUCCAGGCGAUUGGUGGCGGCGUGGCAGCCGGUGCAGGCGACCGCGACGCGAACCCCAAAUUGCUGCACGCAGGCAAUGCGUUGAUCGUGGCGGGCAUUGCAUUCCAGGUGGCAACCAUGGGUGUUUGUGGGCUUCUCAUGAUUGACUACUACCUCCGAUUCCAGCGCGCAAAGAAGGCCAAGUCACAAAUGACGAUGGAGAGCGAGUAUGAGAAGAAUCUGUCCUCGCCCAAUGUAUCGCGCAAUUUCCGGAUCUUCUGCUUUGCCAUUGGGGUGGCCUUCACUACCAUAUUCAUCCGUUGCAUCUACCGUCUGCCCGAGAUGGCAGGAGGCUGGGGAGGCCCUCUGAUGAGAGUUGAGACCGAAUUCCUCAUCCUUGAUGGAAUGAUGGUGGGCAUCGCGUGUGUCCUCCUGACCGUUUUCCAUCCCGGGUUCUUCUUUGAGCCAAUGAGGAAAUUCAGGAGACCAGACUUUGUUGCAGAGCCCGUCGAGCAGCGGCCCGAGACAGUGGAGAGCAAAUCUUGA